AUGGAAGGGGCCUUCAGCCAUAUUUCGGAGGAUUCUGUGUUUAUUACCGGAAGACUAUUCCUGUUGCUGGUUGGUGUGGAGAGCCAGCAGAGGGUGUGUUACUCCGGUCCGCCACCGGAACCUGAUCCUGAUAAUCCGGGUGACUGGAUGAAGCAAGUCAUGCAAGAGAUACGGAAGCAUUGCCCGGGAAGGAAGCAACCAACCCCAGCUAGUACGGGAAAACCAACCUCAGCUAGUGCGGAGAAACCUACCCCAGCUGACACGGAGAAACCUACCAAAGCUGGUACGGAGAAACCUACCCCAGAUGGCACGGAGAAACCUACCAAAGCUGGUACGGAGAAACCUGCCCCAGCUGGUACGGAGAAACCGUUACCACAGCUGGUACGAAGAAACCGUUACCACAGCUGGUACGAAGAAACCGUUACCACAGCUGCUGGUACGGAGAAAUCUACCCAAGCUAAUACGGAGCAACCUACCCAAGCUGGUACGGAGAAACCUACCCCAGCUGGUACGGAGAAACCUACCUCAGCUGAUACGGAAAAACCUACCACAGCUGGUACGGAAAAACCUACCCCAGCUGGUACGGAGAAACCUACCACAGCUGAAACGGAGAAACCUACCACAGCUGGUACGGAGAAACCCACCACAGCUGUUGCUGUUCCAGAGGUGCUUAGAGAGGGCAAGCGCCCCACCCUCCUGGCAACGCUCAUGGACAAUUGCUAA